CAGUCGGUCUGAGUUUGCCAACCAAAGCAAGUGCUUUUAUAUAGUGUGUCGGUCGGUCGUAUAUGUGGAUAUAGAGCUGAACCCCGUGCGUUUGUUUUACUUCUGUUGUAAAACUUUAAUGUGUUGUCGUCUCGUCGCGUCCUCGUCGCCGUCACCGUGUCUUGGUCUUCGCCGUGUGGUCAGGAAAGUGAAAAAUGUAAACGUCAAUAGAUUCAGUGGAUCGCGAUGAGUGCAAAAAGUAGGCUUAGAUUUUUGACCAUUUUGUGCGACGACGACGGCUGCUGGAACUGUCAUUAGAGCGGAGUGUUUAUGUUUACGUAUCGUUGAGUGGAUAAGAGCUUCGUUUAAAGUCCACGUCCCCAAAAAAAGGGGUUUUCGCGCGGGGUGCGACCUCUUGGGUUAGGAGGAAUUCGCGUUCAAGGCCGCAGAAAUGGCGGACCGGACGGCAACCCGCCAGAUGUUGACCAUCGGGUUCCUGUGCGUCCUGUGGUACAUCGUGUCCAGCAGUAACAACGUCAUCGGAAAGUGGAUCCUGAGCGAGUUCCCGUACCCGAUGACGGUGACCAUGGUCCAGCUGACCAGCAUCACGCUGUACAGUGGGCCGUUCUUCAACCUGUGGGGCGUCCGGAAGUACGUGGACAUCUCGUGGCGGUACUACUUUAAGUUUAUCGUCCCGCUGGCGCUGGGGAAGUUCCUGGCCUCGGUCACCUCUCACAUUUCGAUCUGGAAGGUGCCCGUCUCGUACGCGCACACGGUGAAAGCGACCAUGCCGCUGUUCACGGUGAUCCUGUCGCGGGUGAUCAUGCGCGAGCGCCAAACCAAGGCCGUCUACCUGAGCCUGGUGCCGAUCAUCGUGGGCGUCGGGAUAGCCACCCUGACGGAGCUGUCGUUCGACAUGAUCGGGCUGAUCAGCGCGCUGCUCGCGACGAUGGGCUUCUCGCUGCAGAACAUCUUUUCCAAGAAGGUGCUCAAGGAGACCGGCGUUCACCACCUGCGGCUGCUGCACAUCCUCGGUCGGUUGGCGCUGUUCAUGUUCCUGCCGCUGUGGAUGUACUUUGAUCUGUUCAGCGUGCUGAAGCACCCGGCGAUCACCACUGGAGACUACCGGGUGAUCGCGCUGCUCUUCACCGACGGCGUCCUGAACUGGCUCCAGAACAUCCUGGCGUUCAGCGUGCUGUCGCUGGUGACGCCGCUGACGUACGCGGUGGCCAGCGCCAGCAAGCGGAUCUUCGUGAUCGCGGUCUCGCUGUUCAUCAUCGGCAAUCCCGUCACCUGGAUGAACAUCUUCGGCAUGCUGGUCGCCAUCAUGGGCGUGCUGUGCUACAAUCGGGCCAAAUACUUCUCCCGGUUAGCGCCGUCGCGGGACACGAUCCUGCCGUACUCGAACAACAACAUCAAGUAUAAACCGCUCGAGGACAGUUCGCUGCUUGGGCAAACCGGAAACGGCCACUACGCCGGCAAGAAUGGCUACCCCACGAACGGCUCCGCUGCCGGGUACUUCCAGAACGGUGGAACGGUGCAAAAUGGCGGCGUCACGAACGCCACGACGACGACGAAUCUGCUGCUGAACAAUAGCAACAGUGCGACCACGACAACGAUAGCCGGCAACAAGAUGCUCUUUGUCUAAGCGCGCCAAGCAAUAGAAUGACACGCGAUCCGACCUUUAAUUGUACAGUUUGUCAUGUUGCCUUUGUUUUGCGGGGAUGCACGUUUUUUGACGGAUCGCGUGUCGGAUUUUCUGGAUGGCCCCUCCCCCGUGAUGCACACCUUUAUUUUGACACGAAUUUGAACGAUCCUAAAAGAGAGAGAGAUUUAUUUAUUAUGUUUUCCUCCCCUUGCAAAUGCUUGACCUUAGAGGAAAAAAAAAGUUUAGAGUUUGGUUUGUUGACGCAAUAGUAGACAUGUCUUUCAACUAAGUGGAACGAUCCUAGAUAGGGCGCAGCAGUCAGUAUUCAGAUAAGCGGGAUUUUGGAACGUACUAUACAGAUAGACAGACAGCAAAAUAUAGUAGCAGUUUUGAGAAUGAAAAAAAAAACUAUUGAACGCUAGAAAAUGGCGAACAUAAAUGUGACAACAAAUAAGGCAAAGUAAAUGAAAUAAAUGAUAUUUAUAUGACAA